AUCUAGUGUAAUAUUGAAUGGCGUUUACAUUUAUAAACAUUUUUCAACUCCAAAAGUUAUGUAUAAAAGAAGAUUACCUUUGUUUUAAAUAAUAUUUCUUCUUCAAUUAUAGUGUGAAUUGAUACUUAUUUAUAAGAAAAGCAUUUAAAAGACCUCAUGGCAGAUAAUGAAAUUUCAAAAUCAAAUAGUUGGCUUUGGGGAUUGUUCAGUGGAUAUAGUUGGUCAGGUUCUUCUGCAACGAUGUUGAGAACAGUUGAAAAAAAGAUUUUAUCUUAUCUUAAAACAGCAUAUCGUGGUUGGUACGUCGAUAUUGGUCCAGUUGUGGGUCCAGCAGAUAAAAUAUGGACGAUAUCAUUAAAUGAAGAAUCACUUGCAACCCCAAUAGUAUUAUUACACGGAUUGGGAGCAGGGGUUGCACUUUGGUGUUUAAAUCUCGACACCUUUGCUGCUCAAAGGCCCGUUUAUGCUAUUGAUGUAUUAGGAUUUGGUAGAAGUAGUCGACCAGUUUUCAGCAAUAAAGCGCAAGAAGUAGAAGAACAGUUAGUUCGUUCAGUUGAAGAAUGGAGACGAGAAAUGCAAUUGGAUAAAUUUGUACUACUAGGACAUUCAAUGGGAGGCUUCCUUGCAGCUUCCUAUGCUCUUCAAUAUCCACAAAGAGUAAAACAUUUAAUUCUUGCCGAUCCUUGGGGUUUUCCAGAAAAACCUACAGAUUUAGGAAAUAGGGCACAUGUACCUCUAUGGAUUAAGGCUAUAGCUUUUGUUGUUCAACCUCUGAAUCCUCUUUGGGCUGUGCGAGUAGCUGGUCCUUUUGGACAGUGGCUUAUUGAAACAACUAGACCGGAUAUAGUGAAAAAAUUCUCACCUCUUUUGAAGGAGGAUCUAAGUGUAAUUUCACAGUAUAUUCAUCAAUGCAAUGCACAAAGUCCAACUGGCGAAAGUGCUUUUCAUGCAAUGAUGCAUGGAUUUGGUUGGGCGAAAAAUCCAAUUAUUAAACGUAUGGAUAAAUUAGAUGCAGAAAUUCCUAUGACACUUAUUUAUGGGAGCAGAUCUUGGGUUGACAAUUCGGCAGGAGAAAUAAUUAAGCAAUCUCGAGAAACAUCUUAUGUCAAUGUUCAGGUUAUAUCUGGUGCGGGACAUCAUGUUUAUGCUGAUAAGAGUGAGAUAUUUAAUAAACAUGUAUUAGAGGCAUGUAUUUUUAGUGACAACAUUCCAAAUUCUAUUUCAACCUCUAAUAUUAAAAUAGAAUUAAAAGAUGAUAAUGAACAGGAUUCUAGGAAAUUGGAAAUUGAAAAAAUCCACAGGGUAAAGAAUGAUAAAUCAGAAGCACAUCAACCAAGGAGUACUAGUUGAAAAUUAAUUGUAUGUAAUUUAUUUGUUCGUAAUAUUAAUUUAUAUCUAUUAUUUGAAGUGAAAAAAAUUUGCUUCUCUAGAACCAAUUUUAAACUGUAUUAGUGACAGUUAAGUAUUUGCCGUAUUUAUGACAAAUAUUACUCACACAAAGCUGAUAAGAUAUGCAAGUCACGCUUUUACACACUCGUUUUAAUAAUUAAAUUGAUCACAAAUAAUCUUGAGGAACGUUUAAUGAAGUUAAUGUAUUUAUUCGUCAUUUAAAUUCAAUUACUUUUAAACUGAAACAUAACAAAUCCUGAUAAUAAUUAAUAAAUAGACAUUGAACACUUAAUUAAAUAUUGAUUUUAAAACUGAAAUAAUUAUUUUCA